UAUGAAUUCUGCUGCAUGCUGAAACUGAAUAGAGUCAAUUCCUCAUCUCAGUCAUCAUCUCAUCAUUCACAAGUACAACAAACGUAAAUUGUAUCAUCUCUUUCAUUACUUUCUCUCUCUCUCUCUCUCUCUCUCUCCCUCUUACUGCCUUACCAUCCUCAUCAUCUUCAUCAUUUCCGAGAUGUAAACUUAAAAAUCCUUUUCUACACAUUUGUCACACUGUGUCCAUCCAAUACAACAUCAGUUUCUUACCACUCAUUUCAUUUUGUGUGUUUGUCUCCAAUUGUUUAUCAACGUCACAUUUUCUGUUUAUUUAUUUUUUACCUUUACCUUUGUGUGUUAUCAUUUCGUGCUGUUAAUGUUUUGAUAAUAAACAAAAUCCAAAUGAUCAACAACAACAUCAAUACUCAAUGUCAACCUGAUUCUCACCAAAAAGUAAUCAUAACAACAACAAUCAUACUCAACAUACACAUAGUAUUUUUAUUAUUAUCUUAAUAGUAUCACUUUGGUUGAUAAUGAUAAAAGUCAAUUACUCAGCAUCAUCUCAACAUAAUUUUCCACUUACACAUAAAUAAAAGAUUCUCAUGAUAAUGAUGAUAAUUAAUAAAAUCCAAGUAAAUCACCAGUAAUUAUCUACAAAGAUGAAUCAACAAUCAAUAGCAAAUGUUACGAAUCAAGAAUAAUUCUGGUCUAAUUGUUUAUCUACCUUAUUGGUUGUCCAAUGUUUUCUUGUUUAUUCAAUGACGAUAACGAUUAUGCUAAUGAUCAUAAUGAUGAUGAUCAUGCAAAUGAAUCUAGUUCAACCUUACUAUUAACUCAACUUAUAUAUAUAUAUGAAAACCCCCAACAAUUUAGCUCUUAAAUUAUAAUCAUGUUAAUCGUUGAUUAAACAUCUUUACAACAUUCUGGUUUUGAUUGACAUGAAAACUGUGAUAUUAUUUCCUGGUGAUUGGAUGAUAAUCUUAUUAUUUGAACUCUUCUACUACUAUAACAAUACUCAGCAUCCUCAUCACUUAUUUUCUCCUUGAUUCUUGAUCAUUUUCUUGCUGUUACUAGAACAGUAAAAUCUAUCGAUACAUAAUAACAUUUGAAUCUGAAAGAUGCAAAUGUCAGCUGAUUUUCGUACCAUGGUAACCAAUUAUAUGAGGUACAUGGUUGAUUCAGUUAAAAGGUUCAGUGGAUUUGAUUGGGGAGAGGUUGUACCUGAUUCGGAUGAUACUCAUAUCAUCGUGAGACCAGCAAGAAAUCAAAGUGCUCAUCGUCGUGAAGUUAAUAGUUACCGUCAAAGAGUAGUAACAAGUGACGAGGACGAGGACGAAGACGAAGACGAAAACGAGGACGAAGAUAAUAGUAAAAACCUCAACAACAACACCAACCGCAGGUUAAGCCUUUCAUCUUCUUGUGAUUCAAUUGACCAAAGUUUAUCACCAUCGCCUUCAAAUCCCCGCCGUCCCCAACAAAGACAAUCAAAGCGUCUUCUACCUGUAGUUGGUCAACAAUAUACUGACCAUCAACAAUUUUAUUCAUCACCAAACACAAAUCAAACAGGAUCAACAUUCAAUAAUCGUCAAUAUCCCUACUCAAAACAUCACCAACAACAACAAUUAAAAUCACCUAAUAGUUUACAUCCAAAUUCAUCAUUAAAUCAACAGUUAAAUACUCACCAUUCACCGUCAACUUCAUCGCACCAUUAUAACAGUUAUCAUCCUUAUCGUCAUCAUCAGAAUACACCUGAACCUCAUCAUCAUCAUCCGCACCUACAUCAACUGUCACCAACAUCACCUCGAUAUCCAUAUAAACCGGAAAUGCCAUCAGUCCAACGAAUCUCAUUGCACGAAUCAACUCUUGGCCUUGGUACCAAUAACACCGCUAAUAAUGGUGCAUCUUCAUUAGCGAAUGCCUUUGAUUCUGAUGAUUAUUCUCAUACACAUCAUCAUUAUCCUCCAUCUUCCCAUCAUCAGUAUCACUCUGAUAGGUUGGAAAGAUCCUCGAACCAUUCGGGUUUGGUUCGAUCUUCGGCCAUUUCUGAUCGAACACCAACUCCUGGCUCAUCUUUUUCAGAUCAAGAAUCUGAAUCAUCAUCGAUAUCUCAUUACCAACAACAUGCACCACCUCAACACCACCACCACCAACAUCAACAACCUCGACAUCACCAUCAUGAUGUUGACUAUUCAAUUCAACAUCGAAACUCAUCCUCAUCUUCAUCUUCAUCCUCAGCAAAUACAAAAGCAAAUAUAACCAAACCUAAAGGACUUUAUGGACUUUUACCUGUGCCUACAAUUUACAGUUCUGAACCAAGAGAAUCAAUAAACAAUAAAAGGAGACAACGAGCUGAUGAUCAACAUGAUAAUGAAAACGGUAAUAAUAUUGAUCAGAUAAUUGAUCCAGAUGAUGAUGAUAAUGCUGAUAGACAUGAACCCAUCGUUGAUUAUGGUAAUAAAUCUGAUUAUAAUUCAAUCCAUUUGGGUGAGAUAUUAAAUGGUCGCCAAAAAGCAAUCCGUAAAUUGGGAUGGGAUCAUUUUUCAUCCGAAUGGCUUGAUUGGGAUGUAAGACCCUCAACAGGACCAGCGAUUGCUAAUCGACAUCCAGUCAACGAUAAUGAAACUGGAGGUGAUUAUGAUGAUGAAGAUGCCGGUGGAUCAGAUUGGGAUGAACAGGAAGAUCCAGCUGAUUAUACCAGAGGUGGUUAUCAUCCCAUUAAAAUUGGCGAUGUUUUCAAUGCCCGUUACCAUGUGAUUAGGAAACUUGGAUGGGGACACUUUUCAACUGUCUGGUUGUGUUGGGAUUUAGUGAUGAAACGUUUUGUUGCUUUAAAGGUUGUCAAAAGUGCUAAUCAUUACACGGAAACGGCUUUGGAUGAGAUUAAGUUGCUUAAAAAUGUUCGUGAAGGUGAACCCAAUGAUCCAUUUAAGAAUAAGGUUGUUCAGCUUUUAGAUGAUUUCAGAAUCAAUGGAGUCAAUGGAACACAUGUUUGUAUGGUUUUUGAAGUUCUUGGCCAGAAUCUAUUGAAAUUGAUCAUUCGCUCAAAUUACGAAGGGAUUCCUCUUCAAAAUGUCAAGUCCAUAAUUAAACAGGUUCUUCAAGGAUUAGAUUAUCUCCAUUCAAAAUGUCAAAUAAUCCACACCGAUAUUAAACCGGAAAAUAUUUUAAUCGAAGUUGAUGAAUCUUAUAUCCGUCGAUUGGCCAUUGAAGCAACACAAUUACACAAAUUAGGGAUUAAAUUACCUGGAUCAUUAAUCUGUACAGCUCCUAAAGAUCAAAUUGAUCAACAUGAUGUUACCCUGAUCACAAGUGAAUCAAAUGUUAAGAACACAAUUAACAAAAACAGGACAAUUAUGAGACGAGCAGUUUCAUGUCCUGACAAUCAAAAAUCAGUGCCUGAUCCAGCUAAUGAAGUUUGUGAUAUCAAAGUAAAAAUAGCAGAUCUUGGUAAUGCUUGUUGGAUUGAUCAUCAUUUCACUGAAGAUAUUCAAACGAGACAAUAUCGAUGCCUGGAAGUGAUUCUUGGUUCAGGCUAUUCGGCACCAGCGGACAUUUGGAGUACCGCUUGUAUGGCAUUCGAAUUGGCCACUGGCGAUUAUUUAUUCGAACCUCAUUCUGGACAAGAUUAUAAUCGAGAUGAAGAUCAUUUAGCUCAUAUAAUUGAACUUUUAGGUGAAAUUCCUCGUCAUAUUGCGCUCGCUGGUACUUAUUCCAAAGAUUUUUUCAAUCGACGAGGUCAAUUGAAAAGCAUUAUGGCUUUUAAACCAUGGGGACUUUAUGAAGUAUUAACUCAGAAAUAUAAAUGGGAAUCGAAUGUAGCCCAAGAGUUUACGGAUUUUCUUAAGCCGAUGUUGGAAUAUGAUCCAGAUAAACGUGCCAAGGCUUCUGAUUGUCUCUCUCAUCCAUUUCUAGAAGAUUGUGAUCCAGAUUUAAGAUGAAAAUUGUCUUUAACUACUAUCAAUUAAGAGAUUUCUAAUAAUUAUAAUUUUAAAAACUUUGUGUGUGUGAGCAAUGGAUUUAAACCAAUAAAAAAGUUCUAAGAAUUAACAUCAUGAAUGGGUUGACCCAAAUUACUUUUCUUCAUUUCUUCUCUCUUUUUCGUGUAGUAUUUAAAUGGAGUGACCACCGAGUCUAAGAAUCAAUUGACCUCCGACUCUUGACACUUUUCUUUUAUAUUUUUUCUGUUUCUAGUACUUGUUAUUCUUUCUCGUCAACAAUGAAGUUCAUUAUUCUUUUUGUCCUUUUCUGCGUAUUAAUCGACACAAUCACCUGUUCUCAUGGAGAAAAAGUUAAAUUAACUAUCAAGGAAUCUGGAAUUUCUGACAAGAAAAAGGCCGAAAUCGCUGGUUUCGUUUCUGGUGCAACCGCUGGAGUGGCCAAAGGUAUUCUCAAGAAAAAAGUGACCACUUCCAAACAGAUCUUCGUUCCUGUCAAAGCAGCCGAACCCAAGUACAAGGUCAAGUACAUCUCAGUGGUUAAACCAGUUCUUGUUCGUGAAUAUCCUCAACCCGAUCGAACCCAAUAUUAUGUCAAGACCGAAACCAAAGUGGUUAAAAACCCAAGAAAUCAAUUUUCCCUUUCCUUAAGGAUUCGUCAAAGGAAAAUUCAUUGGAAAAUCAGUUUCCAAAACUUUUGGUUAAAUUCAUUCUCUCUUUUGAUGAACAUUAUCAUCGCGACACUUUUACUCGAAAUUACAAGAAAUGGACUCAAUGGACAAUAAAAUUCAACAAUGAUUAAAUCAUCACUAAUCUUUACGAUUAUUGAUAAAAAUUCAAUUGUGUUUAAUUGUAUAAAUUUGAUUAUUUUCGAUUAAAUUAAUUUAACUUCGGUCUUUUAAUGACUCGAUUGAAUUCAUUCAAUUAAAUGAUUUUUUUUCAA